AUGAGUUACCCUAAACCACCACCAACUAUCAAGAGACCAACAUACAUGAGUUACCCCAGACUACCACCCACUAUCAACAGACCGCCAUACAUGAGUUACCCUAGACCACCACCAACUAUCAACAGACCGCCAUACAUGAGUUACCCUAGACCACCACCCACUAUCAAGAGACCGCCAUACAUUAGUUGCCCUAGACCACCACCCACUAUCAACAGACCGCCAUACAUGAGUUACCCUAGACCACCAAACACUAUCAAGAGACCGCCAUACAUGAGUUACCCUAGACCAACACCCACUAUCAAGAGACCGCCAUACAUUAGUUACCCUAGACCACCACCCACUAUCAACAGACCACCAUACAUUAGUUACCCUAGACCACCACCAACUAUCAACAGACCGCCAUACAUGAGUUACCCAAGACCACCACCCACUAUCAACAGACUGCCAUACAUUAGUUGCCCCAGACUACCACCCACUAUCAACAGACAGCCAUACAUUAGUUACCCAAGACCACCACCCACUAUCAACAGACUGCCAUACAUUAGUUGCCCCAGACUACCACCCACUAUCAACAGACAGCCAUACAUGAGUUGCCCUAAACCACCACCAACUAUCAAGAGACCGCCAUACAUGAGUUACCCAAGACCACCACCCACUAUCAACAGACUGCCAUACAUUAGUUGCCCCAGACUACCACCCACUAUCAACAGACAGCCAUACAUGAGUUGCCCUAAACCACCACCAACUAUCAAGAGACUGCCAUACAUGAGUUGCCCCAGACCAAUACCCACUAUCAACAGACCGUCAUGCAUGAGUUGCCCUAAACCACCACCCACUAUCAACAGACCACAAUACAUGAGUUACCCCAGACCACCACCCACUAUCAAGAGACCGCCAUACAUGAGUUGCCCUAAACCACCACCCACUAUCAACAGACCACAAUACAUGAGUUACCCCAGACCACCACCCACUAUCAACAGACAGCCAUACAUGAGUUACCCUAGACCACCACCCACUAUCAACAGACCGCCAUACAUGAGUUGCCCUAGACCACCACCAACUAUCAAGAGACCAACAUACAUGAGUUACCCCAGACUACCACCCACUAUCAACAGACAGCCAUACAUGAGUUGCCCCAGACCUCCACCCACUAUCAACAGACCGCCAUACAUGAGUUGCCCUAAACCACGACCCACUAUCAACAGACCACCUUACAUGAGUUACCCUAGACCACCACCCACUAUCAACAGACAGCCAUACAUGAGUUGCCCUAGACCACCACCCACUAUCAACAGACAGCCAUACAUGAGUUACCCUAGACCACCACCCACUAUCAACAGACCGCCAUACAUGAGUUGCCCUAAACCACCACCCACUAUCAACAGACCGCCAUACAUGAGUUACCCUAGACCACCACCCACUAUCAACAGACCGCCAUACAUGAGUUGCCCUAGACCACCACCAACUAUCAAGAGACCAACAUACAUGAGUUACCCCAGACUACCACCCACUAUCAACAGACAGCCAUACAUGAGUUGCCCCAGACCUCCACCCACUAUCAACAGACCGCCAUACAUGAGUUGCCCUAAACCACGACCCACUAUCAACAGACCACCUUACAUGAGUUACCCUAGACCACCACCAACUAUCAGGAGACCGCCAUACAUGACUUGCUCUAGAAAUAAUUUCUCGCUUUCAUGCGCAGUCAAACGAGAUUCAUCUUCAUCUUCAACUAUAAUCAUUGACAGAUGA